CGGUCUGCUUGAAAUUUCCCUGCAACUAGCAAGCCCUCACUUUUCUGGAAGGGCACGGCGAAGAAUGGUGAAUUCACCUUCUUAUGUAUGUCUUGCCUCUCUUCAGCUGAACUCGAAAGCCAAGAGCGUUUAAUUUUGGGAUCUUUUAUCUGCUUCUCAGCAUUUGAUCCGGACCUUUCAUCUUCACCCCCUCCAUCUCCGUGUCGGGCCUCAGAUCCCGAAACGCAAUACCACCACCAAGAUCGACGCCUAAACCCUUGACCAGUCGACCUCGUACCAUGUCGAAAAGUCGAAACUUUCUGAUAUCGGAGAGCGGGAGUGGCGAAGAAGAAGAGACGGCAUGAAGCUGAAGCGGACGCGAGCAGUGUCGAGCCUCGGAGUGAGCUCCUCAAAGGCGGCGGCGGCGGCCGGCGGCGGCCCUCGCGACUACAAGCUGAAGAAGAGGAGCGGCGAGAAGAAGAAGAGGAGGAAGGGCGGCGGUGGCAGCGAAGGCAGAGGCAAGUCCGGUUCCGUCAUCGACAACGCUCAGUCUUACGAGCUCGCCACCCACGUGGCAUAUCAAGUCCUAGCAAAGUCCUCUGAAAAUUCAGGAAAUGGAGGAGCCAAAGGAACCUUGUUAUGAUGUAUUCUUGAGCUUCAGAGGAUCAGAUACUCGCAACGACAUCACUGAUUACCUUUACCACAGCCUCACUGAUGCCAGAAUACGAACAUUUAGAGAUAAUGAAGAGCUUCACGUUGGGGAAGAGAUUGGCCCGGAGCUUCUCCAUGCGAUUAAGCAGUCGAAAAUCUUGAUUCCUAUCUUUUCUAAAGGAUAUGCUGCCAGUAAAUGGUGCCUCAUGGAAUUGGCCCAGAUGGUGGAGUGCAAGGAAAAGUGGGGACAAAAGAUCAUACCAAUUUUCUAUGACGUUGAACCACGGAUGGUUCGUAAGCAGACUGGAACCUACGGUCACGCCAUUCAGUCACACAUAAAUGAAAACACUGAUAAGACUAUGAACUGGAAGGCAGCUCUCAACAAGGUUGGAAAAUUAAAGGGAUGCGAACUUAAUAAGAGAGGCAAAGGCGAGUUCAUGAAAGAAGUUGUUGAUAAGGUUUUGUUCGAGUUGAAAAAGAGCUACUUGGGAGCACUUGACUGCUUGGUUGAAAUGGAUGAUCAAGUGGACGAGAUCAUGGAAAUGAUAGGUGAAGACACCUCUGAAACAAAGAUUAUUGGUAUCCAUGGAAUGGGUGGUGUCGGAAAGACAACUCUUGCUAGAAUUGUCUAUACUAAAUUGUCAGCUAAUUUUGAUGACUGUUGCUUCCUGUUUGGCGUUCGACAUAAAGGAAUUCUGAGUUCGCAGGAUCAGCUCAUCUCUACUCUCCGAAAAGGGAAAUGUCUGCCAAUCCAUGACAUUGCAGAAGGGAUAACUGAGGUCAAGAAGAGUUUAUCCUUUAAAAAGGUCUUACUCGUAAUUGAUGAUGUUGACCAAAAGACUGAGCUGGAUGCUCUUGUGGGGAUGGGUAAAUGCUGGUUUUGCAGAGGAAGUAAGGUUAUUAUCACCACAAGAAAUGAGGAAGUUCUCAAACAUGUUGAUAUGAAGCACCAAGUUAUUGAAAUGGAUUUUGAUCAUUCCCUUAUACUAUUUAGCAGACAUGCCUUUAAAAGUGAUCAUCCUCCGGCUGAAUACGUCGGCCUCUCGAAAAAAGCAGUAAAAAUCUGCAGUGGUCUUCCUUUGGUUCUUGAGAUCAUAGGUUCUCUUUUAGCUGAGGAAGACAGAAAAUCUUGGGAGACCACAUUAAAGAAGCUGGAAACUAUUCCCGAUGAAAAAGUUGAAGAAAAGUUGAACAUCAGUAUUAAGGCAUUACCACCAUUAGCGGGGAAAAUAUUUCUUGAUGUUUGUUGCUUCUUCGUUGGGUUUGAUGUGAGAAUUGUGAGGCACAUGUGGGAAAGCUGUGGGUUUCAACCUGACUUUUAUCUUAGUGUCCUCCAAAAGAUGUCGUUAAUAAAGAUUACAGAACAUAACAGACUGCGGAUGCAUGAUAUUGUAAGAGACCUUGGGCGAGAUUUCGUUCGUAAGACUGGUGAUUAUAAACCAGAGAAGCAAAGUCGAGUGUGGGAUCAAGAGAAAGCAACUGAUGUUCUUGAAACAAAGGAGGGAAGAGAAAAUGUUGAAGCAAUAAGUCUCAAAUCUGAUCAUCAAUUUCAAGACUUCAUUGAGAAGGAAGAAUCCAUAAGCCUACCAAAUUUAAGAUUUCUUCAAGUGGAUGGUGUAGACUUGGAUGAGAACAACAUUCGGCAUUUUCAUUCUGCCAACUGGUUAUUGAGGAAUCCGAUCAUGCUUUUGAAUUUUCAUUCUACCAACUGGUUCGGGGGGAAUCCGAUCAUGCUUCCACAAUUGAGAUGGCUCUCAUGGCAUAACUUUCCUAUCUUUUUCAAGUUCAUUGCAUGUUCCCCUAGGAAGUUAGUGAUUCUUGAUGUAUCAUGGAGUGAAAUUACAGAUGAGUGGGAUGGAUGGAACCACCUCAAGAUGGCAGAGGAUUUGAAGGUUUUAAAUUUGACUGGAUGCAGAUACUUGCGUAGAACUCCUGACCUUUCUGCUCAUGAAAAUUUAGAGCAACUGAUUCUUCAAGGGUGCACGGAACUGGUUCAAGUUGAUAGCUCUAUUAAUAAGUUAAAUCAUUUAGUAUCAUUAAACUUGGGAGGUUGUAGGAAACUUCAGACAUUGCCGGACAAGAUGGAGGAACUGGAAGCCUUAAGGGAACUUAUUAUUGAUGGGACAUCCAUUACCGAAAUUCCUGAAUGGAAAGGAAUGAAGAAAUUGGAAACUCUCAGUGCAAGUUCAUGUGAAUCACUGAGCAUGUGCAAUUUUUCUGGUUGCUUAACAUCAAUAUUGAAUCUAAGGUUGGGAGGUACAAAUAUUACUGAGCUUCCGUUUGGAAAUUUUGCAUCUCUUGUUGAGUUGAAUCUUUCUCAGUCGAAAAUUCAAGAGUUACCCAGUUCAAUAGAGAAAAUGAAGUAUUUGAGAGUACUAAGGGUGUCACACACCCCCUUAAAAAGGCUACCUAGUGCCCUUGGGAUGUUGGAGAAGCUUGAAGAGAUCUAUGCUCGUGACUGUAGAAAUUUCCUUGGGGAAAUUCCUAGGGAGAUCGGAAGAUUAUCAUUUCUGAGGAUCUUGAUGUUACUGAACACAAGAAUUUCUGAUGUACCUAAGCUUCCUGAAAGUAUGACCAAUCUACACCUUACAAUUGGUCCAUUUAAGGAAUACCCAGAUCUCUCUAACCUAUUAAAUUUGAGAGUUUUGAAGUUGGAUUUAAAGUCUGAAUUCUCGUUCCAUCCAACUCCAAGCCUCAACUGGAUCGGAGGUUUAGGAAAGCUAACUUCCUUGCUGUUGAGUUGGCAUAGUCUGGUCUCCAUACCUUUAGAUCUUAAUCUCUUUUCGAAGCUCGAGAAGCUUGAACUUGUUGGAAAUAAACUAGAAUGCCUACCUAGGUUUCCCCAGCAUUUGUCAUACUUAAGUAUUUGUGGGUGCAAGUCAAUGGAAAAGUCUGGAGAUCUUUCAUAUUUGAAGAAGUUAUCAGAAUUGGAAGUACGUAAUUGUGAACAGCUAACAGAGAUUCAAGGCCUUGAAAAUUUGGAAAACAUGAAAUGGCUUUAUCUUUGCCAUCUUCCUUCACUGGUGAAGUUGCCCGACCUGACCCACUUGAAGAAGCUGGGGGUACUUACUAUAUCACUAUGUCCUAAACUGAUUGAGGUAGGAGAUCAGCAAGAAUCGUUGGAGAAGCUUUAUUUAAUGUCCUGUGAAUCACUCGAAAAGUUGCCAUCAAACGUCAAGAAUAUCAAACAUGUCACCGUAGAAGGCUGUCCGAAGCUACCUCAUCUGGUUGAGGUUCAACAUAGGCCAAAAUCAUUGGAGAAGCUUCAUAUUGAUUGCUGCAAAUCUUCGCAAAAGUUGUUAGAACUGUUGCCAGCGAAGUUGUCUAACCUGACCAAGGUGCUCAAGGAAUCACUGGAGUUGCCUCCAAAGAAGUUUUCUAACCUGAUCAAGGUGCUUAAGGAAUCACUGGAGUUGCACCUGACCAAGGUGCUCGAGGAAUCACUGGAGUUGCCUCCAAGGAUAGAUCCGCGGAUGGAAAUUUCAUCUAUUCGACAUGCAGUUAUAUGGAGACAGUAGAAUUAAAAGGGUUAGGGAUUCCUCUCUUUUACCUUGAAGCCGUCAAGUGAUGUCCCAAGAGAGAAGCUCGACCAGAACCAGCAGCAACAGACACUGGCCAUCAAGGAAUGCAACGGCAACCCCGAGUGGCAUCACAAGAUGCGAUCCAACCUGGCGGAGAUGUCCCUCCAGGGACUGCGACCCCUGUCUUCCUGCCCGCUGAUCUGUUCCACGAGAGUUGAAUAUGUUCUCUAGAAAAAGUCUUGCUUUUUCCUUCUCCCCAUCUUUAUUUGGUUUUCUGGUAAUUUUCUCUCUUCACAUUGGCAUGAAUUGGGUCCGCUUGCGAAUCUUUGAUGCAAUCAGUGAUCGAUUAGGAAAAGAUUCGGAACGGAUUGAGUUGUUUUCAUUAUUUUCAGUCAUGACUUACCAUUCAUACGCAAUAAAAACAGCCUUCCAAUGAA